CGUCAAAACUUAAAGUAUUUAUUAGUUUGAUAAAUAUCUCAACAAACAUUUCAGUUUUCAUAAAUCAUCAAAUCCAGUCAUUAAUACAAAAUGGUUACAAAUAUAUAGAAAUAUGGGUAAUGGUAUUAGUCAUGAGAACGUUGAUCUCCGCGACCGAGAAACAGAACGUGCAAUGCCCCAGAGGAUUUCACGAAUAACUUCAAAUUUUAUUUUUGCUCCAAUCAAAGGUGUGUAUUAUCCAUGCGUUAUUUUAAGGCCAGCUUCCGUUAUUCCCGGAGGAUUCGUCGUUUAUUUCUUUCAUCUUAAACAGGAGACAGAAGUGUCCCCAAGGAAUAUAAUUGGCAAUUUGUGGACGUUGAUGUACUGUCAGGUAUCAUUCAUUGACGGCUUAGGUAAUGUUUGUACAGGAAGAAUAAUAGGAACAGAUAACAAUAUUUCAGAUACAAACUUGGAUCAGCCAAUUAAUUUUUUUAUUCAAGGCGAUUGCAGGUCUGUUGCCACGUGGAUAUCCUUCCCAUACAUAUUUUUAACACGUGAUCAAGUAGAGGUUUUAGGUUGCUAACAUUUUUAAAUAAACCAUUUACAAUAUA